GAACACCGUCAUUACACCAUUGUUCUCCGUACCUGUGCAAACUUUAUUCUCAAAUACAGAUUCAUAUUCUCAACCUCAAGUUUUUGAGAUUUCUGAACCGCUGAAAGCUGAAGCAUUGUGCAAAGAUUCGAACUCGAAUAAAACUCAAGAUUCUUUCAUACCUUUAGAAGUCAAAGGUGUGAAUAAAAGCGAGGAACUUCCACCUCUAGAGGUGGAAGUUACUCCACUAGACACCGACUUCAAAAAUUUGGACAAAGAACCAGAUGUUGACUUCACAUCGUCUUUGGAGGAGAUUAAAUUCAAAUAGGAUGGACCUGGAUGAGGUCGGAUCAUGUUGCACUGAUCUGGCGAAGACUAUCGUAUGAGAAGCCGAGCCUCUUUGGUAGGGCAUAUUUAUCGAGCCAGCUGUCAAGGUCUGCUGAUGGAUACAGACAGCUUGAGCAAGUCGGCGACUUCCACGAGCCCUGACCACCAAAUGCUUUUGAAUCUGUCCACAGGAGCAGGCUCGUUGUGCCAAUUUGGCCUAAUAGAUCAUAUGAGAACGGUAUAUUUAGAUCCAGAGGUUCUGAGAUGGCCAAAAAAUACCACGGGAUGAUGGAGACAAUGUACAAUGUACAGAUGCGUCCCGUCCCACUCCUCUUCCUUCGGCACGCAAAGCCAAAAAAUUCAACGAAACUACUCUCGCCCAAAGAGAGUCCUCUCUCUUCAGAAGCGAGGCGGAAGACAACUCCAGAUCCUCCCGCUCGCCGACUUCCAAUUCUUCUUCGUCUGAAAGAACCGCUCCAACAACUCCGCCACCACCCAUACCACCGACAAGCCCUCAACUUCGACUUUCGACUGCAGGGCCAUGCAUACUUUACUGUUCAUGUACUAUAUUGUUAUACGAUAAACACUUGACAACUGCAGUAUACAUAUUCUCCAAAUGUUUCUAGAACAGUAUUUGUCACUGACGGUACAUUGACAUGAUCACUGUAAUGUUAAG